AAACUUACAAACAUAAUAAUCAAAAACCUGUUAUCAGAAUCAGAUUUUCCAUAUCACUGAAUCUGGUCGCGUUGACGUAUUGCUGAGCUAUGGACGUCCUUCCAGUUGAAGUAUUGGAAAAAAUAUUGUGCUUCAGUAAUCUUGAUUACCACGAUAUUGUUAACAUAUCUCUUACGUCAACAAGGCUGUGUAAUAUAUCCAACAGUAAUGAAGUGUGGAGAGCUUUAUUUAGAAGACGUUACCCCCUGCUCUACAAUAAAAUUAUCAACCACACUCAAGCUGGAGAUUUGAACUGGAAAUCACAUUUUGAAAACAGAUUCAAACUAGGAUUAAUCCUGGACAAAGAGAUUCUAGACAUGUCACCAAAGUUCUAUAAUCUUGCUGAACUCUCCUCGUUGGACUUCAAGUCUUUUGACAAUCUACUACUCGAGCACAACCCUGAGACAAGUUUCCAUCAUCUCUAUACACUAGAUCAUCUCAAUUUAUCUCUUCAAGAAAACAAACCUUGGGAAAACCUAACAUACAAGUUCUACUGCAGAAAAGCAUUAAUACACAUACAACAUCGUAUUCUCACUCCAAAGGUUAACAAUUUUUUCUCUCGAUGCUGUACUCAAGAUACUCUUAGAAUGUUUAAUAUCAGUGAAGUGAACGAAGAGGAAUUAAAGGAUUAUGAGACAGCACUGAUAUUAAUUGCACAAUGGUGUCAACCUGAUCAAUGUGUAGAUGAGCAUACAGUUCUCUCUGAGCUUGAUGAUCUGGCUCAACGUGUAUUUAAUAAACUGGUCGCUGAUCAGACAAUUGAUCCUUCGAAGAUUAGAACUCCUGCGGAACUCAAGAAAAUGGAGAAAAGUACAAGUUUAUGUCGAAGUAUUCUCGAUUGUGCAAAUCAGCAACUGAAGAAUGAAGGAUUCGCCGGGAACUCUGAAAACUAUUAUGUUCCUGAGAACUCAUUUAUCAACAAGGUUCUGGAGACAAAGUUGGGUAUUCCAAUUUCCCUGAGUCUGAUGUACACUUCUGUCCUGGCUAGACUAGGGAUUCUGUGUGAACCUGUUAACUUCCCUCGACACUUCCUGUUAAGGUGGUUGGAGCACCCGGAACUAGCUGAUAAAGGUGCUCAGUUUACUUACAUUGAUGUGUUCCAUGCUGGAAAGCGGAUGAAUAAGCAGCAGGUGUUAAAUACGCUUGGACAUGACUAUAUUUUCGAUCAAGAUACAUUAAGAAUCGCUACUCCACUUCAAGCAGCACAUAGACUGAUCAAGAAUCUUAUUUCAAUCGGCGCCUCUGAAAACAAUUUAAAGGAUUCUAGUUUCUCUCUUUUGAUGUCUGCCUUGAAACUGAUGGUUUUACUGAACACGGAGCAGGUUCCAGAUUUCGUCUUCAUGCUCAGCAGAGUUUACCUGCAGCUUAAUAUCAAUCAUGAGGAGACUACUACACUGCUCAGCAGAUUUUCAGGAGAUCAAUAUCUUUCCGAGCAGGUUCGAUACCUGCUCACUACUUGUCAGAUGCAGAAAGUUGAGAAGGAUUUAGAAACUAACGAUAUUAUUCCUAAGAAGAGGGAUCCAGAAGGUAACAAUAUCAGGUACAAAGUGGGAAAUGUAAUGAAGCAUAAGAAGUAUGAUUACAAGUGCGUUAUCUAUGGCUGGGACGAUCACUGCUCAGCUUCGACGAGUUGGAUAAAGCAGAUGGGAGUUGACAAACUUUCCAGACAGGAUAAACAACCUUUCUUUAACGUCCUGGUGGAGGACGGAUCCAGUAGAUAUGCUGCUGAUGAGAACCUUGAACCCUGCACUCCUACACCAAUUCAUCAUCCACAUAUUGGAAAAUAUUUUAAGGAGUUUUGCCCAGAGAGAGGUUACAUCCCGAAUACAGAGAAAAUGAAAGAAUACCCAGACGACUUUUCCUAGAAGUUCUUACGGAAGAACACAUCCAAACAUUGUAGUAAACAAAUAUUUUCCAUAAAUUUUAUCUUUUUAUUAAUUCUUGUUAUCGAAGAUUGUCUUUGGAGGUUCUUAAUUUUUAAGAUAAUUCCUUAAUCCUAACUGUAAAUAAAAAUUGUAGUACAA